UGUAACAAAGUCUAUUCACCCCCCCUCUAGACUUUGUAUUUCACCACUUUGGGACCACCAAUUGGUAUCGGAGCAGUCUUCUCACUAUCUACAUUUAGAUGAAUGAGAAGCGAUCAAAAUGGUGAACAAUAUGGAUCACAGUUUGCCCAAGUUUUCUCUUCUAGGUUAUGAUGAUUGGAAGAUCAUGAUGCAAGCACACCUUUAUGCUCUACAUGAUUGCAUGUGGAUGGUGCUUGAGGAUGGACCCUUGAAAAUCCAAAUGGAGAAUCCUGAGAGGAAUCCAACAACUCCAGACGUAGUCCAGUACAUUUCAAAGCCCAAGGAAAAAUGGGAUGAUAGAGAUUGCAAAAAGCACAAUCUGGAUAACGUCGCCAAAGCAGCCAUCUUCAAGACACUUGACCCUAUCACCUUCUCCAAAAUUAAGCACCUCAAGACUGCCAUGGAGAUAUGGCAAGGUCUUGGGAAGCUAUGUGAGGGUUCAGAGGACUUGAGAAAGCAGAAGAUAGAAGUCCUGCUUGAGAAGUUCAAAGGCUUCAAAAUGCUUCCCAGAGAAUCAUUUGAUAUGCUGGAUGAAAGAUUCCAAAAAAUCUUGAAUGAUCUUGCAUCACUUAACCACGUUCUUUCUCCCAAAGAAAAGAAUGUAAGGUUGCUGAGAUCUUUUCUAACUGAGUGGUACACCAAAGCCACAGCCAUGGAAGAAGGAAGAAAUCUGGAGAACUACACUGUGCAAGGUCUUCUUGAUGAGCUCAGAACCUAUGAGCACGAGCUGAAGAAGAAGAAGGAAGAACAAGUUACUCCCUUCCCCACGGCACUGAUGACAACUCUAAGAGUCCCAUCAAGUGAAGGGACAUGCCCAAGGAACUGUGACACACCCUCCUCCAGCCAGCCGUCAAGUUCAAAAAUGGAGAACUACGAUGAGGAAUUUGCCAUGAUGGUCAAGCAAUUCCGGAAGUUCAAAAAGUUCUUCAAGAAAGCUGACUCAGUCAGAAGGCUAUCCAAGGGAAAGCCACAGGUAAGUGACUCUCCUCCUGAAUCUUAUUUGUGUUACAAUUGCAGGAAGCCCGGCCACUGGAAGUCAGCGUGCCCGUACCCAAAAGUGGAGAAGUACAGAGAAAGAGAAAGGAACGAGAAGAAAAAGAAGGCAAUGGUUGCUGCUGAAAGUGACGAGUCAUCCAGCUCAAGCUCGGAUAAAGAAGCUCUCGUCUGCAUGGAGCGUAGAGCUGAAAAGUCCAACCAUGAGGAUAGGUGGACCAUGUCAGAAGAUGACACUCUCUGCCUAAUGGCCAAAGAUGAUGCUGAUCAAGAGGUAACCUCACAAACCUCCUGCUCAUCUUCUUAUGAAAGCAUACCAACUUCUGAAAAUCUUUUUGACCAGUUCAAAAAGAUGAUGAAAGACUUUGAGGAGAUAAAUCUCA